GCGGCGGCCUUCGCGGGGGCCGGCGGGCUGCUGGAGACCUGGGUGCUGCGCUGGUUCCGCCUGGCGAGCAGCGGCAGCCCCAGCUCCGACCGUGCGGCCUCCGAGGGCCGCCUGGAGGAGGACCUUGCCCGGCUCUGGCGGCUGGCGUCGCACGAGGGGCCCCUGCUGGCUGUGGGCAUCGGCUGCCUGCUCUGCGCCGCCGGGCUCCGGACGCUCAUCCCGCAGGCGGUCGCGAAGACGCUGGUGGUGGCGCUGCAGCGCGGUGGCGGGGAGCAGGCGCUGGCGUCGCUGCGAAGCGCCGCCCUCCGGCUGGGCGCGCUGGCGCUGGGCUACGGCGCCGCCAGUGGUCUUCGGGGGCUGAUCAUGUCCGUGGUGGAGAACCGCUUGCUCGCGCGGCUGCGGUGGCAGACUUUCUCGCUAAUGCUUCAGCAGGACGUGGCGUUCCACGAUGAGCGGGACGUCGGGGAGCUGACGAGCAGGCUGAAUUCGGACUGCGAGGCGGUCUCCAGCGGUCUCUCCCUGAACUUCAACAUAUUCCUACGCAACGCGGUUCAGCUGGUCUUCGGGGUCGGCUACCUGGCGAUCACGUCGUGGCGGCUGUCCCUGAUACUGGUCGGGGUGUGGGUCGUACUCUUCUACGUGUACACCGUCUACGGCCGCUUCACGCGCAGGUCCUCGUUCCUGCGGCAGGACCAGCUGGCCGGGCUCAACACCGUGGCCACGGAGUCCCUGCAGAACGUGCGCACCCUGCGCUCGCUGGGCGGCGAGGGCGCGCUGCUGCGGAAGUACUCCGAGGCCGCCCACAAGCUGCUGUUCCUGGAGCACCAGCGUGCCGCCGCAUACGGGGUCUACGCCACCUUCUACAACGGCCUGAGCGAGGGCAUCAAGGCGGUCGCCCUGGGCGUGGGGGGCGUGCUCGUCGCCCGCGGCUCCAUGACUCCCGAGCAGCUGACGGCCACGAUGCUGUACGUCGACAUGGUCGUGGGGUCGUCCCUGGCCGUGGGCGGCCAGUACCGCCAGCUGAUGCAGUCCAUCGGCUCUUCGCGCAGGGUGUUCGAGUACACAGAGAUGAGUCCGUCGCCGAGCGUGGUGCGCCAGCGCGGUGACGACUCCUCGGGCAGCCGCAGGCUGCCCAUGGACAACUUCGUCGGGCACGUGUCGUUCCGCAACGUCUCGUUCACGUACCCCUCGCGGCCAGGCGAUCCGAUCCUCAGCGGCCUCACCCUGGACGUGCCCGCGGGCGUCACCACUGCGCUGGUGGGCGCCUCCGGGAGCGGCAAGAGCACGCUGGCGUCGCUCCUGCAGCGCUGGUAUGAGCCGGACGAGGGAGAGGUUCUGCUGGAUGGCGUUUCCCUGGACGAGCUGGACCCAAUAUGGCUACGCUCUCUUUUGGGCGUCGUCACGCAGGAUCCGCGCUUGUUCUCGGCCACGGUGCUGGAGAACCUCGUGUUGGGGCUGGGCGAGGACGAUGCUGGUGACCCUGCGGCGACCGGCUUGCUGCCGAACGGCUCGGUGGACCCUGUGGUGGUGGAGGCCGCGAAGGCGGCGCACGCCCACGACUUCAUCGUCGCCCUGCCCCAGGGAUACCACACCCCGGUCGGGGACGCCCGGCUGUCGGGCGGCCAGAGGCAGCGGCUGGCCCUGGCGCGGGCGCUGGCGCGCCGCCCGCGCAUUCUGGUGCUGGACGAGGCCACGUCGGCGCUGGACACGCGGACGGAGGCGAAG